GCACAGAAUAUAAGGCCAGAAGAGAUUGAAUUAUGAUAUUAUCACCAGCUGAGAGAGCGUAUCUACAUGAUUCCUUGUGCCAGUCGCCGCCUAUCAGACCGGAUUCAAGAAGUGAGCACCGGUUCCGUCCUCUAGAGGCAAAAACAUCGUUUCUUCCAGGAUCUAAUGGUUCAGCUAGAAUAAGGUUAAUGGAUGGUAGUGAAUGUAUAGUGAGUGUUAAAUCCAAGGUUGUUCUUAUAGAUAGAGAGCCCAACUUGAUUGAAUGUGAUGUUGAUGUUGCAGGGUUUAGAGAUGAUUCCAAUUUCGUGGGAAAUUUAAAGUUCAACUUGACUAACUUAUUGAUGAAAAAUUUCCCAUUCAAAUACUUGAAACUAACCACUAAAUAUGCUUUUAAACUUUUCAUAGAUUGUAUUGUGAUCAGUCAUUCGUCUUACCCAUUGACUUUAUUAUCCUUAACAUCGUAUUUGGCAUUGAAAACCACUCGUUUACCAUUAUUAGUUAGUGAAAUUGAUGAUGCAGAAAUCGAAGAACAACCAACUUUCUCCGAUGACUGGGAGAAUGCCCAAUUAUUACUGACACUUUUCAGGACCGAUAAGUUUCAACCACCUCUUUUCAUAACAUUAGGUGUCAUUGGUGAUAAUCUUUUAUUCGAUCCAUCGCUUGAAGAAGAACAGGUUUUGGAGAACGGUUUAAUUAUUGGUUGGUACGAUAAUAAGGUUAUUACUCCAAUUUCAAAUAUUAAUUUGGCUGUUAAUUCGAAUAACAGUAAUUUCAAGGGUCUCAAACCUCAGUCAAUAGUGAAAGCCAUAUCAAUGGUGAAUAAAUACUGUGGAGCCAUUGUCCAUGCCUUAGAUACUCUUGUGGAACAAGAUGAUGAUGAUGGAGAAAUUUUUUAAUUUUAUUAAAUUUUAUUCAAAUAGAGCAUGUUUUAUAUACCAUU